GUUGGCCUAGUUACAAAGAAAACAUAGGACUUGACUUGUUGCAACAAUAACGUCCUUAAGUUUAAUGGAGUUUUCUUCGGUGGGGAAAGAAUAAUUUGGACCCUUGAAGGACCAGGUUAUAAAUUAAAAUAAUAAGAAAUAUAUGGGUUGGUUCACAAAUAAAGCAGAGUAACGGUUGAGAAAAUUUGGAGGGAAGAUGGGUUGGGGUCACUGGAAAGCUUCCUUUGGAACCCAUAGAAGGAUUGGUGCACUCUGCAUAUUUGUUCUAGCAUCUUCUUCCUUUUUUCCCCAGCUUAAGAGCCAACACGACACAUCACAACACAAAAGAGUAACCAUUAAUCAUCUGAAACUAUUUUCUUCUCUUCCUCUGAGCUCAUCCUUCAACAAUGGUGACCGUGAUGCAGAAAAUAAAGGAUAUCGAAGAUGAGAUGGAAAGAACGCAAAAGAACAAGGCUACUGCUCAUCAUUUGGGCUUGCUGAAGGCUAAACUGGCAAAGCUGCGGAGGGAACUCCUUACUCCUUCAUCAAAAGGUGCUGGAGGUGCUGGUGAAGGUUUUGAUGUUACUAAAAGUGGUGAUUCAAGAGUUGGUCUUGUGGGUUUCCCUUCAGUUGGCAAAUCUACUCUAUUGAAUAAAUUGACUGGGACAUUUUCAGAGGUUGCUUCCUAUGAGUUUACAACCUUAACUUGCAUUCCUGGCGUGAUCAUGUAUCGUUGAGCUAAAAUUCAGGUGCCACAAUAUUAGAAAGCUUAAUGUUGAUGAUGUUUUCAUCUUUGCUCUUGAUGAAAAAUCCCUCAUAAGAGGGUUUUCUACUGUUAUUGAUAUCAUAUGAAUGCAACUAGGUUGCGGAGCCAUAGUAAAUAAAACCAUAUUUCUUUCUCUUAGGUUUCACUUAUAAUACUUAUCAAGGUCAAGAUAUUUUGCUUGUGGGCUUUAAAACUUGUGUUACUUAAAGCAAAAUCUAGUUGCACUUGAACCUCUUGAUUAAUUAAG